CCCCAAGCCCUUCCUCAUUGGAAGCCGCUACUGGGAGUCCGGUCCUUCCCGCCGUAGAGUUAGAUUGAGCCUGAGGCGUGGGGGAGAACUGGGGAAACUGGAAUUUCCCACGGAGGUGACGGCGCUUGCGCUCCCCCUACUCGUUUUAAUUCCACGCGCUCCAAAAUAUCCGCCAUGGAGAAAUCUUGGCUGGGAUGUCCAUUCUAGGCCCAUUGGUGCUGUCCUGCCGAAGGUUGGGUCAGGCUAAAGGGACUGGCAAGGGAGGGUGUGACACAAGUCUAAUCAACUGCCAUCGUCAUCAUGAACUUUGAGGGUCUUGAUCCUGGACUGGCAGAGUAUGCUCCCACCAUGCAUUCUGCCUUGGACCCUGUCCUGGAUGCCCACCUGAACCCAAGUCUGCUACAGAAUGUGGAGCUGGACCCAGAGGGAGUGGCCUUGGAGGCUCUUCCCGUCCAGGAGUCAGUGCACAUAAUGGAAGGUGUCUACUCUGAAUUGCACAGUGUGGUGGCUGAAGUGGGUGUGCCUGUCUCCAUUUCCCACUUUGACUUGCACGAGGAGAUGCUGUGGGUGGGGAGCCACGGGGGCCAUGCCACUUCUUUUUUCGGCCCAGCUUUGGAGCGCUACUCAUCCUUUCAGGUCAAUGGCAGUGAUGACAUUCGACAGAUCCAGAGCCUGGAGAAUGGUAUCCUUUUUCUCACCAAGAACAACCUCAAGUAUAUGGCUCGUGGGGGCCUCAUUAUAUUUGAUUACCUCAGGCUAGAUGAGAAUGAGGAUAUGCACAGUCUCCUACUGACUGACAACAGUACUCUACUCAUUGGUGGGUUGCAGAACCACAUAUUGGAGAUUGAUCUUAACACUGUUCAGGAGACUCAGAAGUAUGCAGUUGAAACACCUGGAGUCACCAUCAUGAGACAGACAAAUCGCUUCUUCUUCUGUGGCCAUACAUCUGGCAAGGUUUCCCUGCGAGACCUUCGCACUUUUAAGGUGGAGCAUGAGUUUGAUGCCUUCUCAGGGAGUCUGUCAGAUUUUGAUGUGCACGGCAAUCUACUGGCUGCCUGUGGCUUCUCCAGCCGCCUCACUGGCCUUGCUUGUGACCGUUUCCUCAAGGUGUAUGAUUUGCGCAUGAUGCGUGCCAUCACACCACUUCAAGUACAUGUGGAUCCUGCCUUCUUGCGCUUCAUUCCUACAUAUACUUCUCGUCUUGCUAUCAUCUCCCAGUCGGGGCAGUGCCAGUUCUGUGAGCCUACGGGCCUGGCCAACCCAGCAGAUAUCUUUCAUGUGAAUCCUGUGGGGCCUCUGCUAAUGACCUUUGAUGUGUCAGCCAGCAAGCAGGCCCUGGCCUUUGGGGAUUCUGAGGGCUGCGUGCACCUCUGGACUGAUUCCCCUGAGCCUUCCUUCAACCCCUACUCCCGUGAGACUGAGUUUGCUUUGCCCUGUCUCGUGGACUCACUGCCUCCUCUGGACUGGAGCCAGGACCUGCUGCCUCUUUCCCUCAUCCCUGUCCCGCUCACCACUGACACACUUCUCUCUGAUUGGCCUGCUGCCAACUCCGCUCCAGCUCCCAGGCGUGCACCACCUGUGGAUGCAGAGAUUCUACGCACCAUGAAGAAGGUGGGCUUCAUUGGCUAUGCACCCAACCCCCGCACCAGGCUGCGCAAUCAGAUUCCUUACCGACUCAAGGAGUCGGACAGUGAAUUUGACAGCUUCAGCCAGGUCACUGAGUCACCGAUAGGGCGGGAAGAGGAGCCACAUCUCCACAUGGUUUCUAAGAAAUACCGCAAGGUGACCAUCAAAUAUUCCAAGCUAGGGCUGGAGGACUUUGACUUCAAACACUACAAUAAGACCCUGUUUGCUGGAUUAGAGCCUCAUAUCCCCAAUGCAUACUGUAACUGCAUGAUCCAGGUGCUCUAUUUCCUGGAGCCUGUUCGCUGUCUAAUCCAGAACCACCUUUGCCAGAAGGAGUUCUGCCUGGCAUGUGAGUUGGGCUUUCUCUUCCACAUGUUGGACCUCUCUCGUGGUGACCCUUGCCAGGGCAAUAAUUUUCUUCGGGCAUUCCGUACCAUUCCUGAGGCCUCAGCCCUUGGUCUUAUCCUGGCUGACUCAGAUGAGGCUUCAGGCAAGGGCAAUCUGGCCAGGCUCAUUCAGAGAUGGAAUCGCUUCAUUCUCACUCAGCUACAUCAGGAUAUGCAGGAGCUGGAAGUACCACAGGCUUAUCGAGGGGCUGGAAGCAGCAGCUUUUGCUCAUCGGGGGACUCUGUCAUUGGGCAGCUGUUCAGCUGUGAGAUGGAGAACUGCAGCCUCUGCCGCUGUGGCAGUGAGACCGUGCGAGCCUCUUCCACCUUGCUCUUCACGCUUUCCUACCCUGAUGAUAAAACCGGGAAGAACUAUGACUUUGCUCAGGUGCUGAAGCGAAGCAUCUGCCUGGAACAGAAUACACAGGCCUGGUGUGACAACUGUGAAAAGUACCAGCCUACAAUUCAGACCCGUAACAUCCGCCAUCUGCCAGAUAUUCUUGUCAUCAAUUGUGAGGUAAACAGCUCAAAAGAGGCUGAUUUCUGGAGAAUGCAGGCUGAGGUUGCCUUCAAGAUGACAGUAAAGAAACAUGGUGGGGAAAUCUCCAAGAACAAGGAAUUUGCUUUGGCUGAUUGGAAAGAACUAGGGAGUCCAGAGGGUGUGCUGGUGUGUCCCUCCAUUGAGGAGUUGAAGAAUAUCUGGCUUCCUUUCUCCAUUCGCAUGAAGAUGACCAAGAACAAAGGGCUGGAUGUUUGCAAUUGGACUGAUGGGGAUGAGGUGCAGUGGGGCCCAGCCAGGGCAGAGGAGGAGCAUGGUGUCUAUGUGUAUGACCUGAUGGCUACUGUGGUACACAUCCUGGACUCACGCACAGGGGGCAGCCUGGUGGCUCACAUCAAAGUUGGAGAGACUUACCACCAACGUAAGGAGGGCGUUACUCACCAGCAGUGGUAUCUAUUCAAUGACUUUCUUAUUGAACCUAUUGAUAAGCAUGAAGCUGUACAGUUUGACAUGAAUUGGAAAGUACCUGCUAUCCUUUAUUACGUCAAAAGAAACCUCAAUUCCAGAUACAACCUGAACAUCAAGAACCCUAUUGAGGCAAGUGUCCUGCUGGCCGAAGCCUCCCUGGCACGGAAGCAGCGGAAAACGCAUACUACCUUUAUUCCACUGAUGCUGAAUGAGAUGCCACAGGUUGGGGACCUGGUGGGUCUGGAUGCUGAGUUUGUCACCCUUAAUGAGGAGGAAGCAGAGUUACGCAGUGAUGGUACCAAGUCUACUAUUAAACCAAGCCAGAUGUCAGUAGCAAGAAUUACCUGUGUCCGGGGGCAGGGACCCAAUGAGGGUAUCCCCUUCAUUGAUGACUACAUCUCUACCCAGGAGCAGGUGGUAGAUUACUUGACUCAAUACUCGGGGAUAAAGCCCGGAGACCUCGAUGCCAAAAUUUCCUCCAAGCACCUCACAACUCUCAAGUCUACUUAUUUAAAGCUUCGUUUUCUCAUUGACAUUGGAGUCAAGUUUGUUGGCCAUGGCCUGCAGAAGGACUUCCGGGUCAUCAACCUCAUGGUGCCCAAGGACCAAGUCCUUGACACUGUCUACCUGUUCCACAUGCCCCGAAAACGAAUGAUUUCUUUGCGAUUCCUUGCUUGGUACUUUCUGGACCUGAAAAUUCAAGGGGAGACUCAUGACAGUAUUGAGGAUGCCCGUACAGCCCUUCAGCUCUACCGAAAGUAUCUGGAACUAAGCAAGAAUGGCACUGAGCCUGAGUCUUUCCACAAGGUGCUCAAGAGUCUUUACGAGAAGGGCCGAAAGAUGGACUGGAAGGUGCCUGAGCCUGAGGGCCAGACAAGUCCCAAGAAUGCAGCUGUCUUCUCUUCAGUGCUGGCGCUCUGACCUUCCCUCUCCCAGAGAACCACGGCCCUCUCCCUUUAGCGUUCUGUGGCCCCAGAACUGGGAGAUGGCUUCCAAAGUUGACUAUAUUCUGUCUACUUCCAGAAUUGGACCUGCUCAGGGUCUACAGAUGGUGCUAUUAAUAGAACUGGAAUACAGCAGAAUUGUUGCAGAGGUUCUAGCAGCCAGAUUCUGUCUUCAUCCUUUGCAAAAUUGUGGGCCAGAAACAGUCUAGAAUUGACCCAGAUGGAAAGUAAUUAGUAUUCUUAGUAAAUAUUCUGGGUGAUUAAUAUCCAGGCAGAGAAGCUCCUGGAACCAAAACUCACAGUUCCUAGCUGGCUAGGGACUGAAAUCCUAGACAGUAACAGAGGAUACAACAGUUCAAGACUUAGCUCACGUCACCAGCUGUUUGAGGGAAGCCUGGAGGGGCCAGCAUAUAAAGUCUUGGUGGCCCAAGCAAGCCAAUGUUGUUAAUACUAUUGCCUAAAGGGCCUUUGGAUCCUGGACAAAGCUUGGCUGCUGGCUUCAUUUAUUCCUGCUGACAGCUGAGAAGCAUCUGUCUUCCAUCCACUCUCCUGUCCCAAGUUUUGUUAUUUUUUUAAAUUUUGUUUUAAACCGCAUGUUUUUUAAAAUAAAAACAAAAAUAUUGUCUAUCAUCUGUCUCAUUAGAGAA